AGCACGUUCACGGCAGAAGUUAUGCUACAAAGUAAACGAAAACAAUCAAUGAAAAUAAACAAUGUCUUCCCGUCGUGACCGCGAUAGUAGUUCUCCGCGAUUGUCGUCGUCUUCUUCGUCGAAACCGUGGACAAAAUUCGCCCGCGACGUUUAUGAUCCGAUAAAGGUGGGCUCCAUAGACGGCACCGAUGAGUUUCCGCACGAUCGGGCUUUGGUGCGGGCCAUGAAUUCCAGUUACAAGCCGAACCGGAAAGUCGUUGGCGAUCCGUUGUGUACGAUUUUUGUGGGCCGUUUGGCACCCUCGGUUGAUGAGAACCAGUUGCGGAAGUUGUUUGAGCGUUUUGGGACGAUUGUGAGGUGCCGGCUGGUGCGGGAUGUGGUGACGGAACUGUCGAGGGGAUACGGAUUCGUGGAAUUCAGUGAGAGGAAAAGUGCGCUGAGGGCAAUCGAUGAAAUGCACGGACGGAAUUUGGAAGGGAAAGAGCUUCUGGUGGAUGAAGAAUGGGAACGGAGGUUGAAGGGGUGGAAACCGAGACGAUUGGGAGGAGGAUUCGGAGGAAGGCAAAAGAGCCAACAGCUGCGAUUCGGAUGCAAGGAACGGCCUUGGCGGAAACCGGUAAGUGAUCUCCGGCAUUUGAGUCGAAACGAAUUCCAUCGGAUAACGAAACAGCAGAGGCAAUUGCUGGACUCGAUUGAGCUAGCUUAACUAUAGGUUUAUUAAAUUAUACAAAAGGAUGUAAAAUAGAAGCUAAUAAUAUGAACGAGUACAACAAUUGGUUUGAUUACUGCAGCACGGCAGCGUUGGCCGAUAUGCUGGGGUUGUUGAUGACCUCUCCCAGGCUGUCCAGGACCUCCUUUCGGUAAUCGUCAAAGUCUCCGUCCACCUCGUUGAUGGUCUGAUCCUCGAUGACAUAAAGGGCACAUUCGGUUUCGCGGAUAAGCCGCUCGUCGUGGGACACAAUUAUGACCCCUCCCUUGUACUCGUUGAUUGCUUCCGCCAGGGCGUCAAUCGAUUCAAUGUCCAAGUUGUUGGUAGGUUCAUCAAGAAUCAGGACAUCUGGGGCGUUGUUGCACAGUUCGGCCAGGGCGACUCGAGCCUUUUGUCCUCCGGAUAGAUCCUUCAUCUUGAUGGUAUGGGCAUGACUGGCCAGACCGAAAGUUCCCAAAGCCUUGCGGGCCUUCU